GCUGCUGCAGUCCGGUCACCCUCAGUAAGCUAUAUGCUCUCCGGGCCUGGCCCUCGCCGCCGCUGCAUUAGGAGCUGCCAAUCAGAACCAACAACCAACUCCACACGGACCGCCGCAGCUGAUCUGAGCUCACUGACAAAGCGGGUACUGAACACGAGACUCAACACAGGGACUGAACAUAGUGACUGGACGCAGCCGUGUGCAGCAGAGAGAGACGUUGUGAUACUGUAUAAUCAUACAGAGGGAUGACAUACAUACGCGUUAUACUAUAGGUCUACAGUGGGAUAGAUAGAUAGAUAUAUAGAUAUAUAGAUAUAUAGAUAGAUAGAUAUGUGUGAUACUGUAGGGUGUUUAUAUCACACAGGAAGAUAGCAUUCAUUUGAAAAGCAGUUACCAUCACAGUUGGAGACGGUGAUGUGUGAUAGUGAACAGUGGGAGAUAAUUUAGCUGAUGACGUGUUUGGGUUGUCAAAAGUAUCAUGUGUGGGGAUGGAGCCCAGAGUUGAGAGAUAUAGGUACCUCAGAAUAGCAUGAGGAAAGACAGGAGAUAUGGUCAUACAGAAACAGUUUCAUGAAUAGGACAGUAUAAUGACUUGUUUCAGAUGGUUUACUCCGAUGUGUCUGUCUGGCUGAUGUAGAGUAAUGAUAUUGGUUGUUUGGUAUUGGGAUAGCCUAUUGGUUUGUAUUAUUGCUUUGUUCCAUUGAUUUGUUGUUUAGUCAUGUAGUCUUACACUGCAAUGCAGCUCUGAUUGCAGGCAGUCAUUUGGCUAAUCGUGUGGUGAGCCUAACAGUCAUUGAUAGUUAGCAGUAACGUUGUAAGACAUUCUAGUUCUACGCUGUGGUGAUGUUAGGUCGGUGGUAUUUUGUCAAAAGACUACAGCUCUGAAGAAAAGUGUGUGUUGUGUACUGGUAAAGCCCCAGCUUUGUUGUGUGUCACUACAACCCUAGCUCUGCUCUGCUGUGCUCUGCUCUGCUGUACGGUGGCUGUGUCCUGUAUCACAGAGGAAGCAUUGAUCAGACAGCUACUGAAGCUCAAUACACAAUGAGGCCUGGCCCGAGAUCUCUCCUCCUCCUCCCAACCCCCCUCUCCCUCUCCCUGCUCCUGCUCCUGCUCUGCCUUGCUCCACGUUGCCAGGCGGUGCAGGCUGAGAAUGUGACUGUGUUGGAAGGAGGCACGGCCCAGAUCUCUUGCCGUCUGCAGAACUAUGACGGCUCCAUCGUGGUCAUCCAGAACCCUCGCAGACAGACCCUCUUCUUCAACGGCACACGAGCGUUGAAGGACGACCGUUUCCAGAUGGUACUCUUCACUCCCCGCCUGGUGCGCAUCACCCUCACCAACGUGAGCGUGUCGGACGAGGGCGGUUACUUCUGCCAGCUCUACACCGACGACACCCACCACCAAGUGGCCACGCUAUCCGUGUCCGUCCCUCCCGACACCCCCACGGUGGAGGUGAAGCAGGAGGCCGUGGAGGGGGGCGAGGUGGAGCUCACUUGCCUGUCGCCACGCAGCAAGCCCCCUGCCACGCUGCGCUGGAUCAGGGACCGCCGGGAAAUACCAGGUGUGGUGUCCCAGCAGGAAAAUGGGAAGACAGUGAGUGUGUCCAGUACCAUCCGUCUACCUGUGGAGAGGAAAGACAACGGGGCAGCGGUCAGCUGUGAGGCCUCCCACCCCGCCCUGGGGGGUCAGAAGAGGGUCCGCCACUACCGCCUCGACGUCCACUUUGCCCCCACAGUGAGGAUCAUCCCUCCCCCUGGCAUCCUCCGAGAGGGAGACUCUCUCAGCCUCACCUGCUCCAUCACUGGCAACCCACUGCCUAGGGAUGUCCAGUGGUCUAGGAUUAAUGACACCUUACCUGAGAGGGCGGAGAUCUCUGGCCCCACCCUCCAGGUGUCCCGUCUCAGCCAAUCACACAACGGGACCUACCUGUGUCAGGCGCAGAACAACUACGGCCGUGCCGCCGACCACUACACGCUGCUGGUGUACGAGAAUGUGUCUGUCACUACCAUGGUCCUUCCCACCUCCCAUCAUGCCACCUCCCAUCCAACCACCCUCCUCCUAACCCCCAGCUACGCACCGGACCCCCGAGACCCCGGUGCAGUGAUUGAGACCCACAGUGCAGUACCGUACGCUGUGAUAGGGGGCGUCCUGGCUCUGCUGGUCUUCACUGUUAUCUGUGUUCUCAUCGUCACCAUCUGGUGCUCUGUCCGACAGAAAGGUUCGUAUCUUACCCAUGAGGCCAGUGGGUUGGACGAGCAUGGGGAGGUCCAGGAGGCUUUCCUCAACGGGAAUGAUGCCAGUCAGGGCAAGAAGGAGUACCUACUGUAGCCUCCAUCCCCAAAACCCACACCCCUCCCCCCAACACGCCAUGAUGGGUGGCCUUCUGAAUCGACUGUAAUACUACUGCACACAGACCACAUCACAGACCACAACACAGACCACAACACAGACCAGAACAGAGACUGAAAGAGAGACUACUCUGUCCAGCCCUUACAUUAUAACUGUGCCAUACUGUAGGUGUACUGGAGGAAGGAGCGAGGGAGCGAGGGAGCGAGGGAGGAUGAAGGAGAGAUAGAAAAAGAAAGAGACAGACAAAGGGAGAAGUGAUAAUAUGGUUAUUAUUUUGAUAGAGAGAAGCGAUAACAAGAAGCACUUUCUUCCCUGUGGUAAUUGGAGAGAGAGGGAGAAAGAGAGAGAGAGAUGUAGAAAGGCGAAAGAGAAAAAACCGUCAAUUUCCAAAAUGUUCGAUCCAUAACUGGCACAGACAAACAGGUGGGGUGGGUAUGGUUUCCAGAAGAUAUUGAGUUUGAAUGCUCAAUUUGAUUACUUGAAAUUGCCAAAGCACAUCAGCCCACAGAGAACAACUCAUCUAUAAUUAUUUAUAAUUAUUUGACUACAUUGCAGAGUGUUACCCUGAAAGUCUCUUAAAGUAUUUCUGAACUACCCAGUCAAUUCUGCAGACAACCCAGGUAUUGUAGUUGCCGUCCGUGCUGGGGAGGCUGCCAAUGUUUUCUGGGUAAUUUAGAAACCUUCCUGUUAUGAAUGACUACUUUCCUCGCGGAACAGAACUGUUGUCUCUCUUUCGCCCUCCCUCUCUAUUCACCUCUCUUUCUCGUCCUCUUCUUCUCCCUUGUUCCCUCCCUCUCUCUCUCUGUCUGUGUCUGUCUUUAUCUCUCCUCUAUUGUUGGCCAAUAAUGAAAGGAUUAGUGCCAGUCUCCUUUCGUGAGUUAGAAGAAAGGGAACAUAAGUCGACGAGACACAUUAAGGAAAAGCUUAAUUAUUUUAAAAUGCACUUAAAGGGAUAAAAAUGUUUAAAAGUCUUAAAAGAAAAAAAAAUGAGUGAAAGGGAAAGUAAUGAAUAAGGAAAAAUACAUGAUGGAUAUUUUUCUGAAUGCCAUGCACACACACACAUACACACACACAUACAUAUCUCUGAAUUCUUUAUUUGUGUAAAAAUGUAAACAGUAAGAUAACUUAAAUGAAUAUUUUAAGAAAUUGAGAAAAAAUACAGUUUACUAUUGAACGCAUUAUGAAGUUACUAUACUAACACAUUAUUAGCCUAGAGGUACCAAAAUGAACAAACUACUGUCCAGUGAUCAAAACAAAAAAAUAUAUUAAAAAAUGUUUAAUUUGUCUUUAUGAAAUACCUGAGGUCUUAUUGAUUUUUUAAAAUUAAUUAUUGUUAUUAUUUGAACUAUUAUAAUUGUUAUUAUUAUUAUUAUUAUUACUGUUAUUAUUAUUGUAAAUGUUAUAACUGUACACCUCCCAUGUUUGUUGUUUUUGGUUAUUCUCUAGAAACUGCUGUCUUUCCACUUCUCUCUUACUCUGUCUCUCUAGUUCUUUCUAUUUCCGUCUCCUGUGCCUGUUUGUCUCUUCUUCUCGUCUUUCACUACUGUUUAUUUUAUAGUCCACGUGUCGUUGUUGAUAUAGCUAACUAUUUCUUUAUAGGGGAAAGAUACAAAGCACGACAAAAUAAAAAAAUACUUCAAAAAUAA